ACCGACCGCGGAAGACUACAAGCUCCAGCGGGCGACGACAAAACGCGCCUGGGACCGACGGGCCCCGAGCUAGGGCUCGCGCCCAAGGAUCCUCCACGGGGCUAGAUGGCUGCGUCGGGGGCGGGAGCGGAGGUGAGCGGGCGCUAGGGCCGCGAGCCCCCGCCGUCCCUUCCUCCAGCGCCCUGCGGACCCCGCAGAAGGCGCUCGCCUCCCUAGCCCGCAAACGCGUAUCGAUUUUUCUCGCUGUGGCAACGGGGACGUCCCGAUAGAUCCUCUGCUCCGAUAGGCAACUCCGGCCUUCCCUGCCCUGACCUGGAACCUCUGGGAGGGCUGCAGAGUAAGUGCCGCCUCUGCGCUCCGACGGAGGCACGAGGCCUGUGGAGUAGGUCCCUCUGUUCCGACAGGUGCGACACUUGGCGCUCCAUGCCUGCGGGCGUGGGGAGGCCUGGCCUCCCCCAGGGCCGCCACCUCUGCUGGUUGCUCUGUGCUUUCACCUUAAAGCUCUGCCAAGCAGAGGCUCCCGUGCAGGAAGAGAAGCUGUCAGCGAGCACCUCAAAUUUGCCAUGCUGGCUGGUGGAAGAGUUUGUGGUAGCAGAAGAGUGCUCUCCAUGCUCUAAUUUCCGGGUUAAAACUACCCCUGAGUGUGGUCCCACAGGGUAUGUAGAGAAAAUCACAUGCAGCUCAUCUAAGAGAAAUGAAUUCAAAAGCUGCCGCUCAGCUUUGAUGGAACAACGCUUAUUUUGGAAGUUCGAAGGGGCUGUUGUGUGUGUGGCCCUGAUCUUCGCUUGUCUUGUCAUCAUUCGUCAGCGACAACUGGACAGAAGGGCUCUGGAAAAGGUCCGGAAGCAAAUUGAGUCCAUAUAACUACAUUCCACCCUUGUAUCCUGGGUCUUAGAGACCCUAUCUCAGACAGUGAAAGUCAAAUGGACUGAUUUGCACUCUUGGUUCUUUGGAGCCUUGUGGUGGAAUCCCCUUUUCCCCCAUCUUCUUUCAGAUUAUUAAUGAGCAGAAUAAAAAGAGUAAAAUGGU